GUAGCUUUGCGAGGGCAAGCCCUGUGCCUUGUGAACCGCCUGUAAUGUAGACAUGCUGGGUGUUUGUAGUCAGUGGUGUGCAGAAGGUAGCAAGAACGCAGGAGGUAAUACCUUGUCUUUCGGUUCGAAUGAGUUCUUAUCCUUCUUCCGAAAGACCAUGGUUGCAAAGGCCAAGAGGAAAACUAUGCUACUUGCAACGACAAUGGAGUGAAGACCUCCAAUCAUUACCGACAUGCCCUGCUGGAGAAACGCUGCGGCUUUUGCGCGAUGGCCUUUGGAUGAUAUGGUAAUUGCUUAGCCGCUCGAUCGUUUUGUUUCCCAAACCCUCCACCGUAAUGCCCGACAAAGACAGCCGAAGGCAGUCAACCAAGAUUCCCAAGAAUUGGCCACAGAAUAUCCGCUACCUAUCACAGAAUGAGUGGUCCCGAGAGGUCCCCUCUGACAUUCUUUCGUACUAUCUCCCCCGAUGCUCAUGGAACAAACUGAAAUGUUCUUCCUCUAGCCGUUCACCAAUAACAAGUACCAAAUUUCCUAUGAAGUCAGGCCUCAAUCCUCCAGGACCCUCCCGCGUUGUGCGAAUUGUCCGCAUAUCAUCACCCACCCAUCCCGCCAAUGGCCAACUUGGCCUCGUCGCCGCUGCCAAUCUCUCACCUCGCUCACACAUUCUCGACUAUGUAGGCUGUGUACAUACCGCUUCCACAGCCUCAACAAGCAGCGAUUAUAUUCUCUCUCUCGAUCGUAUCACGCAAUUGUCCGUAGAUGCCGAGCUUGCUGGCAACGAAGGACGUUGUAUCAACGAUUUUCGUGGAGUUGCUGAGAAGCCCAACGUGGAGUUUGAGACCUACCGUUGCGAAAAGACGGGGGAAGUCCGGGUGGGCGUUUGGGUACUGACCAAAAAGAUUGCGAAGGGUGAAGAGCUCCUCGUGACGUAUGGAAAAGGGUUUUGGAAGGAGAGGAGAUUGAUCGCUUGAUAUGCCGCGAUUAUCGCAGGUCAACAGGGAUUGUGGUGCACCACCUAUCCUACUCUGGCGUCCUCGAUCAGUGCAUUACGAGGCAUUCAAGACGGACUGUGUGCCGGUGUCGUGAGAGAUAUAUACAAAACGCAGCUGGAGGUACUAUUACUACAGUACCUCUCGGAACGACUACACUUUCAUUAUCUACCCACAAGUCUUUGUCUAUGGCCGCUACUGUUAGUUCUACUCUUCCAGCACUGAAUAACUUCACAUCUUUUUGCUGCCCCGCCUGUUCCAGGAGCACUCCACAAACAGCCAUGAUCAUAUCCCCGUGAUACUGCCUUUCGUCGCUCCUGUACAGCAAGUUUACCCAGCUGCUCAUUUAUGCGAGUCCGUGCGUUCACCGCAGCGUUAUGAGCAUGAAGCUGUGUACUUUGUUCCCGGAGCUGAAUAUUGUGAACGUACUAGUUGGGUUCCGGUCUUAGCGAGGUGGUAUCCGGUGAACCGAGUUUGUUUAUAUUACCUUCAUUAGCGAUCCUAUUGCGAUACUAGCAUGAGAUCGUGCAAAGUCCCGCUCUCGCAGAGUCCAGUAAGAUUUCAUCGGUAGAGGGGCUUGUGGUGUCGACGGCUGGACGAGUACGUAUCUGAUGUUAGAAUGAAAUAAAAUAGGUAGAUGUGUAGCAGCAAAGAGGGCCUUGCCUUAGUUGGUCUCACAGAUGCGCUCCUAACUGGAGUCGGCUAACAGAGAACCGAAAUAGUGCGACGGUCAGCAAAUUGAGCCCUUCACAACAUAACAUGUAUGCUCACCCC